AUGACCUCGUCUCGGGGAUGGCGCCCGUGGCGCGACGACGAGGAGAUGGCCAAAAAGGACGACGACCUCGCGUUGCCUCGACGCUCCUCCCGGCUCGCCCACGCUGCGGCCUGCUGGAAAGCCGCGCGCGUUCCGCGACGAGCUUGGGUCAAGCGCGUCGUCGUGUAUGCCUUGGUCAUCCUGGCCAUGGUCUACCUCUUCAGCAGAGACGCUUCCUCGGAGCUGGACCCAUACUUUGAAGCGUCACAAGGCUUCUACAAGCAGCAGUUUGACCCCGACCGGCUCGCCGAAGCUGCAAACCGCCUGAGCGCCCCGUCUCGUUCCCGGCAUGCCGCCAAAGAGAAGAAAAAGACGAUGAAGACGAUGAAGCACGGCCAAAAGGAGAGGCCGGGCUCCGGUGUGGCAGCACCAGGCUUGGGGGAGCCGCAGCCGCAGCCGCAGCCGCAGCGAGGAGCCGACUCCAGCCCGGACGGCGACCUGACCAAAACUCUGCCGUGGUACAACGGCCCGGUUGAGUAUCCUCAUCUUGCAGAGUCUCUUGGAGCCAUCAGAUCCACCGGGGGCGCCAUGCUUGCAAACCGCAACGUCUUGUUCGCUGCGGCCAGCCUGAAAAGUGCCUCGUCCCUGCUACCCAUGGCGUGCGAAAUGGCAAAGGAGCGCCAGAAUUAUGUCCACUUUGCCUUUGUUGGCAAGGCGGACAUGGCCUUGCAGGAUCUUGUCGACAUCAACGGCAUCGGAAAGUCGUGUCCCCUUAUUCUUCACGAUGCCAGGCCAGACAACUUUUCAAUAUCUACUCCGUACCGGACCUCAGUAGCCGUCACCAAGGCAUUCUACUUCAUCGAUGCGUUUAUGCACCCGCAAGCCAUCAUCAUUGACUCCAGCAGCGCGGAGGAGGACUACUUCCUCGCCCCUGCCCGGGACCAGAUUCUAGCCACUCAGUCGGCCCUCAUCGAACUGCCAGAGCGUUCAAGAAACAGCCUGUCAUGGAUCUCCAAGCUGGACUCUGCAGCUCUGUCAGCCUGGAACAAACCACGGUUUGAUAUCCUCAUCUACGCGACGCCCAACAGGACUGGCAAUCUCAAGAGACUUCUCCAAUCUAUUUCGAAUGCAGAUCUAGCUGGCAUCCAAACCCCGUCCAUCACAAUCGAGCUUCCUCAUGUUGUCGAUGCUCCGCUGGAAUCCUUCCUGGCCUCGUUUCAGUGGCCUCGUCCCACGCCAUAUCGAGGGCAACAGCCGCAGAUGAUUUCGCUUCGUCGGCGCAUCACACGCCAACGUCUAGACGAGGAGGACAGCUCUGUUCGGUUUAUGGAAUCGUUUUGGCCAACCGAUCCCUCCAACUCGCACGUACUGGUUCUGUCUCCCAACACGGAGGUUUCGACUCAGUUCUUUCAAUACGUCAAAUACUCCUUGCUGCAUCAUCUGCAUUCCAAAACGGCCCUGGUCAACGACGACCAAGAGUACCUGAUGGGCCUCAGCCUGUCGGUGCCGCCUACUCUAAUAGAUGGAACCAGCGCCUUUGCCCUUCCGUCACCUCUGGGCCACCAACAAGGCAAGCCCGGGCAGACUGCCUUCCUUUGGCAACGACCCAAUAGCGAAGCUACCAUCUUCUUGGGCAAAAAGUGGAUCGAACUGCACGGUUUUGUGGCAGAGACGCUGUACCGGAGAAGAUCCAUGUCGGACCCUCCGGCUCUUUUGGCCCAAAAGGAGUCGGGGAAGAUGUACCCUGCAUGGCUCGAAUACGCGCUUCUGCUAGCGCGGUCAAGGGGAUACUUGACGCUCUACCCCAGUCAGCCGACGGCAAGAGCCAUCAUCGGUGUGCACAGUGACGUGCCCAGCCCUCCGGAGGAGUACGAGCUGGAUGCGGGCAACAGGGCGGCGGCGCCGCGAACGAAGAAGUCGGGAGAUGAAGGCAACAAGUACUUUGAGCCGGCGUCUCCCGUCGACACGCUGGAAACACUGCCGGACAACGGACAACUGCCAUGGCCGGGCGAGCUGCCCCUCCUGGCGUGGGACGGGAAGCCCAAGACGGCAGGAGAGUUUCGGGAGGAUGCGCAAGAGUUUCGCGCCUUGUUCCGCCGCGAGGUUGGCGGAUGUGGGAAGAAGGAGGCGGCGGGCGACAAUGACGCGGCGAGGCGGACUGCUGCCGAGGAUCUGUUUUGCGAGGGCAGCAGCAAGCAAGGCUAA